AUGGCAGGCUCCUUCGUGUGGCCCCUCCUCGGGGUCCUUUUUGUGUACUUUUGCUUACAGAAAAGGUCACAUCCGGCCCUUCGGCGCAUUCCCUACGUAAAGUAUAAUGCAUACAUGCCAGAUAUCUUCAAUAGGCUCAUCUACUACCCGAAGGCUAAGUCUAUGAUCUAUCGGGGCUAUGAGAAGUACAAGGAUAGUCCGUUCCGCAUGUUAACCGGAGACGGAGAAGUUGUUGUCUUGCCGGUAAAAUACGCGGCUGAGCUGAAGCAUUUACCUCCUUCCGUCCUCAGCUCCCUAGAUGCGCAGUUCGAGAAUGCGCUCGGACACUAUACGAAUAUAGUGAUCAACAGCUACUUGCCAUCGCAAACGGUUCGAAAGCGCCUGACCCCCAAUCUGGCCCGAGUCGUCCCCUGGGUCAUCGACGAGCUACGAUAUGCAUUUGAGACCGGGCUACCAGACUGCGAAGAAGACAAGUGGACAGCCUUUCAGCCCCAGGAGCUAUUUGUGCACCUCAUCUCACGAGCAACCUCGCGCGUCAUGGCAGGCGAAUCUCUCCGUCGUAACGAAGAAUGGCUCAACACAGCAGGCAAAUACUCCGUCAACGUCGGCCUAUGCGUAAUCCUCCUCCGACCAUUUCCCAAUUUCUUCCGGCCAUUCAUAGCCCCGUUCCUCCCUCCAGUACGGCAAAUGAAGCGACAAUUACAAUUUACAAAGGACCUCUUCGUCCCAAUAAUCAACGAGCGCCGCGAAGCCGAAGCAGCCAAUGAUCCGGGGUAUGUCAAGCCAGAUGACUUCUUGCAGUGGAUGAUAGAUGGCGCAGAGGAUGAGCAGGACCAGAACCCCGAGGCAUUGGCGCAUCAUAUGCUGUUGCUCAUGAGUUUGGCAGUGGUACAUACGAGUACGAUGGCGAUGUGUCAUUUUCUUUAUGAUCUGAUUCAUCGUCCAGAGUAUUUGGGUCCUUUGCGUGAAGAGAUCGCCCAGACCUUGCCUGAUGGGUGGGAGAAUGCGACAAAGGCGUCGUUUGAGGCUCAGCGGCGCAUAGAUAGUUUCCUGCGCGAGUCGCAGCGCUUCGGACCCCCUGGUGAAUUGUCCUUCCACCGCAUCGUAAAGGAACACCUCACAUUAUCGGAUGGACUCAUCAUCCCCAAAGGAACACACAUCUGUUUCCCCUCCGGCCCAAUGAGUAAAGAUCCAUCUUUCAUUGCGAAUCCAAGGCCUUUUGAUGGCUUCCGUUGGAGUCAGGACGCUAGUGAUCGUAACGCCCUCGACGCAUCUGAUGCCGUUGAAAAUGCAAUAUCACUCAAUGGGAAGCAGUAUAACGCUACAUUGGCUCCAUUAACAUCCACCAGCUUCGUCAGUAUUAGUCCGUCGAAUAUGCACUUUGGAUUUGGGCGUCAGGCAUGCCCCGGCCGAUUCUUUGCGGUGAACACAAUUAAGGCAAUUUUGAGCCGUCUCAUCAUGGAAUAUGACUUCAAGUUUGAUGAUUGCCAGGCUGGGCAAAGACCAGUGAAUUGGGCGGUGGGGGAGCAUGUCCUGCCGAAUACGAGUCCAGUUGUGUUGAUUAGGAAAAGGUCGAUAGGGCUCUGA